AUGGAUUCCCUUCUCAGCGCGGGCAAGGACUUUCUUGCUAAGAACAACGCCGGCAACAGUAACAACAACAACAACAACAGCGGCGGCAACAACAAUAACAACAACAACGGCGGCGGCGGCGGCGGCGGCGGCGGCGACCUCUUCAGCAGCGUUCUGAGCUCGCUCACUCACAAGGAAGACGAUCUGAAGAAUGGCGAUGUUGACGAGAAGGACGCCGCCGAGAAGCACGACCAGGUCUACAACAAGGGCGACAACAACUCCAGCGUCAACGCCAUGGGCACGGCCGCUGCCAUGCAGGCCCUCAAAAAGUUCACCGCGGGUGGCAAGGAGGAGGGCGGCAACAAGAACGACUUUGUCAGCCUCGCCAUGGGUGAAGCAAGCAAGCUGUUCGACAACAAGGCUGCCGACGGCAGCGUCGCGAACGGCGCCGACAAGAGCUCCGUCAUCCAAAAGGCGGCCGAGGUCGCCAUGAAGCUCUACUUCAAGUCCCAGAUGCAGCAGAGCGGCGGCGGCCUCGGUGGCCUCGCCAGCAUGGCCUCCAACUUCAUCAAAUAA